AAUGUGGACCAGCACAGCGCAGAGUAUCGCAGCGAGAUAGGCCUCUGUGCAUGUAUACAGUACUGUACAGUAGAAGCACAGACUAGUCAUAGUAGUACCGCCCGGCAAAGCAAGCCUCAAGGACAACCAUCAUGAAGCUGUACUAUUCGCCCACGUCCCCUUAUGUCAGGAAGGUGGUCAUCCUCAUCCACGAGCUGGGCCUGCAAGAUCAAGUAGCCAUCCAGCGAGUGUCCAUCAUAGGACCGGUUCCAGGCGGAGGCCCCGAUACACCGCUAGUUCGGUCUUCAAAUCCGUUGUCGAAGGUCCCCGUCUUGCUCCUUCCCGAUUCCACCGCGCUGUUCGAUAGUCGGGUCAUCUGCGAAUACUUGAACUCCGUUGCCAACGGUGGAUUCUUUCCUCCUAAUGGCCCCAAGCGUUGGUCCGCUCUGACGCUGCAGGCCCUUGCCGAUGGGAUUAUGGACGCAUCAGUUCUGGUCGCUAUCGAAAACAGGACGACUAUCCGGCCGGCUGAAAAGUUUCAUCAGCCCUGGGUGGACACGCAGAAAGGCAAGAUCAUAGUAGCGUUGGACUCACUCGAAUCAUCCGUCGCAAAGCUUGGAUCAGCCGAUGGGGAGCUCACCAUCGGGGAGGUAGCGGUCCUGUGCGCGUUGGAGUAUUUGGACUUGCGGGUUCCUGACGUCGAGUGGCGAAAAGGGAGGGAAGGUUUGGCGGCAUGGGCGGAGGCCGUUGGUAAGCGUCCCGCGAUGGUCCUCUCUAGGCCACCUUCAGAGUGAGAUGUCACGUUUGGGAUGACGAGGUAGAUAUCUGUAGGUGCCUUCAGAGUUGAGCGCUGGCGUUUUCUUUUUGCCAGUCGGAGAGCAUCCAAGAGUUCCCGCGUCUUCCUGCGUCAACAAGGGUGCCGAGGCACUGCAUACAAACGUCAGAUAGCACCAUAGAUACGCUCAAAACCGUCCUGUUCAUCAUCUAGUCAAAAUUGAUACAAGCACAAAAAGAUACAAAAUAAAUAAAG